CGGGGCUCCGAAUGUGUAGUACGUGUGCUUCACUCACAGCAGCUAGCUUCAGUAAGCCGACGCUAAAGCCGAAGUCAGAGUCAUGGUGCUGCUGGAGAAUGAUUCGUUUCUCACGGAGCUUACACGACUGUUCCAGAAGUGCAGAUCAUCUGGCAGUGUUGUCAUCACGCUAAAGAAAUAUGAUGGGAGGACCAAGCCAACGCCCAGAAAAGGCAACCCUGACACAUUUGAACCAUCAGACAACAAAUGUCUCAUCAGAGCAUCAGAGGGCAAGAAGAAAAUUAGCACAGUGGUCAACACCAAAGAAGUAAUCAAGUUUCAAAUGGCGUACUCCAACCUCCUAAGAGCUCACAUGGAUGGACUUAAGAAGAAAGAUAAGAAAAGCAAAAGCAAGAAGACUAAAGCCACCUAAUGAGCAACUGACUCUUAAACAUAACCAUAAACUGGCCUGUUGGAUCUGAGGGGAUGGGAGAGCCCCCCCCCCCCCCUCUCCAUUCACCGAGGCCUCAGAAUCACUGUUCAUCCACCAAGUGACCGCUCUGAUAUCAUGCCAUUGUGUGCAUGUCUCAUCCCGGCUGCUGAGGACAGACACCCUGAGGAUUCCUCUAACUAAUGCAGGACGUCAACCUUUUUCAAUCUCCACAAUUACUGCUCCAGAACCAGGUCAUCAUCAACAUCUGCGUCACAUCUGGAGCCACAUCCAUGCCCACCACUUGCCUGCCUGCCAUACUAAUUGAAUUGUUAGAGUCCAUAUUUAUGUCCUAUUUUCAGCUGACCUGUGCGCUCUUGCCAUGUUUCAAUUUGACUGCAUCUUAAGAAGCAUCUUUUUUCUAAAUAAUGAAAUGAGCAAUGAAUUUACUGCAAAAUUACUUUGAAACACAGAAGUCAAUCAGAUCAGAUAUAUUUCAUAGUUUAAUAUUGGACUUGAAAAGUACUUGUUUUUUUAUUUCACAUGAAGUACAAAGGCAGUUUUUUUGUUUCAGGCCACGAUUUCAUACCAAGCUGCCAAACUGGCCGUCUUAAAUUGUUAAACACCAAUAAAAUGUUUAGCUUAAGAUAAUGUAGGGAUUUGAAAAGUGAAUCGGAUUUCUGAAUGAUGACAUGACGGAAAGCAUUCUUUAAAGUUAUAUUUGACUGAAAGGCAUGUUUUGAGUUAUGAAUACAGAGACAAAGUAUUGGCUGGUUAUUUUAAUAAUGUCAUUUCAGUUAAUUACAAGGCAGGUUUAAACUAUGGCCGGUAUAUUUUCUCAGUCAUUUGAAUUGUCUCUGUGCUCCAGGUCCUCAUUAAAGAGGACAGCAGCAGAAUCUAAGUUCAGAAAUAAAGUGCGUUGUUGAAAGCCA